AUGGACAUUUUUAAAAACAAAAUCAAGGGUAUUCAAGUGACAAAUUUGUUUAAUGGUCCCCUUGAUGAUAUUAAACAAAAUAUUAUAGAUAAAGUUAAUACCAUAGGCUUUGAAAAAAAUAGUAUAUAUGAAUCGAAGGACUACCAUUUGGAUGAUGAAUGUCAGCAUGUAAUUGAUAACUAUCUUUUAGAAAAUGGAGAAUUAAUUAAGGAGUUUCUUACUGGAAAUGAUUUAAGUAGUGGUGAUUGUUCCCAACACAAAUUAAUUGUAUCUGAAACAAGUGGAUUUAGUUCCAAUAAUAUUCUGAAACAGCCAAUUAGUAUUGAUUCAAUAUUUGAAGAGGCGGUUUUCAGGAAGAAGCAAGUUGAUUUAAAGUUAUAUUCUCAGCUGAAUGAAAUGUCUCAACCAUUUUUUUCUACAUUAGACCAGUUUGAGCAAAUUAAGGCAAAUGUCGCUGAAAUUGUAUCUUUCCUUGGUGGGAACUCUGAUUCGGAUGGUUAUUGUAAAGAUAUAAAUGCAUGUUCUGAAGAAUUCAAAUCUUUAAACAAAAUUCUACUAUAUUUACAUAAAAGAAAGAGGGUUUGUUCCAUUAUUGACCGGCUUGAAAAAUUAGACAAGUUAAAGUUUGUUCAAUCAGAUGUACAGCUUCUUUUAAAUGAAAAGGAAUACGAUAAAGCCAUUAAGAUGAUUGAUGAAUCAGUGGAAAUUCUGGGAACUGAAAUGAAAGGAGUCAAAGCAGUAAAUACAUUAUCUGUUCAGUUGUACGAGAUGCAGAGCGUUAUAGAAAAAUUGGUAUGCCAGGACUUCAUUCAUUUUAUUCUAUCUUGGUUAAGCUUUGGUGAAAUUCCUACAAAAGCUGAAAUCUCUUACUCCAAACUUAUCCAGUAUGACUCACAAUUUGAACAAUUGCUUCAGUUCUUCCGUAAUAUAGAAUCUGUUAGGGACACUGAAAGCUUCAAAAUUUCUGUAUUCCAAAAGUUUCAAAAAUUAUGUCUUUUUCUUUAUAAUGAAGAUAAUACUAAAUUCUCCUCAAUAUUCAACAUUAACUUAGUGAUGAACCCAAUUGUUGCUUUAAUAAAAAAGGAAAGAAUUAACUUGGCAAUUGAUGAUCUUGAAAUACAUCUUAACAACUUUAUUGAUGAAAAAAAUCAGAACUUGAUGGAUAAUUUGAAAAGAGAUUUGGCUCUCUUGGAAACUAAUUCUAAUAGUAAAAUAAUUUGUUCAAAUAGUAAAUUUAACCACCAAAGUUUAGAACUAAUUCUAAAUUAUAAUAUUUUAAACAUUUUUUACAAACUAAUAUUCGUAUUUUCAAUAAUAAUCCACUCAAAUAGAUACUUACAGGAGAAUUUUGAGAGCCAAAACUCGGAAACAGCAAAUAAAACUUUAAAACAUAUUUAUCUUCCAAUAAUACAACUUCUUGAACAAAUACUAAUACGUAUCUUUUCAAAAUUAUUAAUCUCAAAUGAUAAUGAAAACAACGAAAUAAAUCCUUCCAAAGAUACCUACAAACACUCAAGCCAAUAUUAUAUAGUGUUUUUAAAGUAUAUAAUAAUAGUCACAAAACUUCAGAAUCACUUUAAUGAACAAAUGACAUCUACAUGCAAUAAAUCAUAUGUAGCUUCUAAUAGUAAAACUAUCAACUUUUUUGGAAAGGCUGCAGUAGAUAUAAGACUUUCUCUUUAUAAUUACUAUAAAACCGUAUUUGAGAAUGAGUUAAUGAAAAAUUUCUGGAUAAAUUUAUCUGUUAUUAUUGAUAAUGAAAAGUGGGAAAAGAAGGAUUUGUAUUUGAAAUAUAAACAAACUUUUAAACUAUUUAUCACAGGAGAAUUGGGAAAAGAAGAAUCAAUUGGAAUUCAAAAUUAUUUUGUUUCAUAUGAUAAAUAUGAAUUAAACUUGCCAGAAUGUUGUUUAAGAUGUAUUGAAUUUACAAGUAAUAUGUUUGUAUUUAUUCAAAAAGUUCCGAUUAUAUCAUAUUUAGGGUUUACCCUAGUUUUUAAAUUCAUUUUAAAUUAUUGUAAGAAAUGCUUUGAAAACAUAAUGAAUGGUGAUUCAGUGAAUAGAAAGUUAAUUGAAAAGAUUACAGCUUAUAACAUGUUUUUAUGUGCUCAAAAUACAUAUUUCUGGGUAAUUUCACUGGAAAAAAUAGUAAAUUAUCAAUUCAGAAUACUUGAAAAGGAAUAUAUUACAGACGAAAAAUUUGUGAAUGAUAACAUAAACUUACUUAAUGACGAAAAUAACUUGGAUGUUUUAAUAGGUGUUAAACUUCCUAUUGAUUACUUAAAUAAUAUUAAAAUGGAAUUAAAAAGGAUAUUAGAUCAGCUUGAAGAACUUAUGGAAUUGUCCUUAAAAAAGAUAUCAGAUAUUAUUAUUGAUCGAUUCAAAAACUGUAUAUUGAAUUGGAUAAAAAACAACAUUAUUGAAAAGGAUUUGUAUCAAGAAAAAAAUGACUUAAAUAAACAUAAAGUUGACGUAAAUAUGAAUAAUUUUAUCAGAGAUUUCAGUAAUCUAGAGAAAACUAUGAGGAAGUAUUUGAAAAUAGAUUUUCUUAUUUGGAGAAUUAUUGAGAGAAUUGAAACGGAGUGCCUUAACACAUGGAAGAACUUUUUAUUAACUGAAAAUAAAAAAAUGCUGAUUGGAAGUAAAAAAUUGAAUUAUUCUAAUUUACUAUUUGAUUUAUUUUAUUUCCAUGUGGAAAUAACCACUAAAAUUUUGUAUGGAGAAGAUGAAGCAAAUUUAGAGAAAAAGAAAAAUUUGUCAAUAUCUUUACUAGACACUUUAUUUGAACACUUUCAAAUGAAUUUCUCAAAGUUUGAUGAAAAAAAAAUCUUUCAAAUAAAAGAAACUUUUUCUUUUAUUAGAAAUAAAUUAAACACGUAA